CGGCUAUCUUAUCGUCUAGGUAUCUUAUCAAUUGUACCUAUUAUCCAAGCCACGACCCGCUCCUUGUAGGUAAGCCAUCACCCCGCCAAACCCAGCAUCACAAGUAAACAAAUCUGGACACUUUCUCUCCGCUCCCUUCCCAAUCCAAUCAACUCCGUUAACAGCGAAGACUCGAUCGCGAUGGCCCCCCCCGCACCCGAAAAGGAGAAGUCCAAGGUCCACAAGCUGUCCCUCAAGGGAAGCGCAAAGCUUGUGGCCGAAUUCUUCCAAUACUCGAUCCACACGAUAUUAUUCCAGCGAGGCGUGUAUCCGGCCGAGGACUUUGCCGCUGUCAAGAAGUAUGGCCUGAACAUGCUCGUAUCGGCCGACGACCAGGUCAAGGCGUACAUCAAGAAGAUCAUGUCGCAGCUGGACAAAUGGAUGCAGCACGGGAAGAUCAGCAAGCUGGUGAUCGUGAUCACGGACAAGGACACAGGCGAGCACGUCGAGCGCUGGCAGUUCGACGUGCAGAUCUUUGGCGGCGCCAAGGCCAAGAAGUCCAAGUCCGCCACCGCCGCCGCGGGGGCAAACCAGGAGAACACCGACGCCACCGCCGCCGCGCCCGCGCCCGAGGCCGCCAAGACCGAGGCCGAGAUCCAGGCCGAGAUCGCGGCGCUGUUCCGCCAGAUCACCGCCUCCGUCACCUUCCUCCCCCAGCUGGCCGGCGACUGCACCUUCAACGUCCUCGUCUACGCCGACGCCGACAGCGACGUCCCCGUCGAGUGGGGCGACAGCGACGCCAAGGAGAUCGUCAACGGCGAGCGCGUCCAGCUGCGGGGCUUCAGCACCGCGAACCACCGCGUCGACACGCUGGUGAGCUAUCGUCUGGGCGAUUGAGGGCGCUCUCGUGCGCGGGAGAAGAAGAGAGAUGUCACGACCCAUAUAGAGGUAAAUAAGCGAGCGGGCGGGGUUUGGCUGUAUUAUAGGAGGGUAAUACACCGGGUGCGCAGAAGAGCGUAUCUUUCUUUGGCGUUCUGGGAUCUGCCGGGGCUAGGGGGUGGAUAUUACUAUGGCACGCUGUGCUUUACCAUGUGCCCGUACCUGCUCUGAGCCGUGAGCGGUGAUGGUCUAGAUUUGCGAUGAAUUCGGUCACAUACGAUUGACGGAUAAUGACUGUAGCUUAGAAGAAAGUCGAGGAUCGGUGAGACGAAAUGG